AUGAGCCGGCCGGCCGGCCUCGCUGCCCCUGCGCUCCCCGGGGACACGACUGCCGUGCAACCUGCACCUGCUGCUGCUCCCGCCGGGGCUCAGCCGGGCUACGGAGCCCCAGCCCCAGCGGGGGGGGGGGGGCAGCAGGGAGCCCCCCGACCGCAGCCGGCACUGCGCACGCGCUGUCAGCGAGCCCCGCCCCCCGGCGGGAGCAGCAGGGAGCCCCCCAGAGCCGGCACUGCGCACGCGCUGUCAGCGAGCCCCGCCCCCCGGCGGGAGCAGCAGGGAGCCCCCCAGAGCCGGCACCGCGCACGCGCUGUCAGCGAGCCCCGCCCCCCGGCGGGAGCAGCAGGGAGCCCCCGGACCGCAGCCGGCACUGCGCACGCGCUGUCAGCGAGCCCCGCCCCCCGGCGGGAGCAGCAGGGAGCCCCCCAGAGCCGGCACUGCGCACGCGCUGUCAGCGAGCCCCGCCCCCCGGCGGGAGCAGCAGGGAGUCCCCCAGAGCCGGCACCGCGCACGCGCUGUCAGCGAGCCCCGCCCCCCGGCGGGAGCAGCAGGGAGCCCCCGGACCGCAGCCGGCACCGCGCACGCGCUGUCAGCGAGCCCCGCCCCCCGGCGGGAGCAGCAGGGAGCCCCCGGACCGCAGCCGGCACUGCGCACGCGCUGUCAGCGAGCCCCGCCCCCCGGCGGGAGCAGCAGGGAGUCCCCCAGAGCCGGCACCGCGCACGCGCUGUCAGCGAGCCCCGCCCCCCGGCGGGAGCAGCAGGGAGCCCCCGGACCGCAGCCGGCACUGCGCACGCGCUGUCAGCGAGCCCCGCCCCCCGGCGGGAGCAGCAGGGAGUCCCCCAGAGCCGGCACCGCGCACGCGCUGUCAGCGAGCCCCGCCCCCCGGCGGGAGCAGCAGGGAGUCCCCCAGAGCCGGCACCGCGCACGCGCUGUCAGCGAGCCCCGCCCCCCGGCGGGAGCAGCAGGGAGUCCCCCAGAGCCGGCACCGCGCACGCGCUGUCAGCGAGCCCCGCCCCCCGGCGGGAGCAGCAGGGAGUCCCACAGAGCCGGCACCGCGCACGCGCUGUCAGCGAGCCCCGCCCCCCGGCGGGAGCAGCAGGGAGUCCCCCAGAGCCGGCACCGCGCACGCGCUGUCAGCGAGCCUCUCCGGGGAGGGCGGACGCGCAGGCCCUCACGCCGUUUCCCCCUAGCGGCCGGCUCAGGCUACCGCAGCCCCGCGCUCGCGUCCCCGUCCGCGGGCCGGCAAGUGGCCAAUGGAGGCAGCCGCCGUGGGCGGGGCGCCCGGGCUAA